UUGUAUAGUGAUAUAUAGAAUACUAUUUCGUGUUUCGAACACACUGAAUUAUAGUAAGGAAAAAAAAUUUCGAUGUGUCUAGAACACAAAAUAGUACACCACAUGUAAGUAUCCAUUAAAUUUUGAUCCAAAUGUUAAGCAAAGAUAUUAGUGGUAAACAAAAAACAAAGCAAACACAAAACAAAAGAAGAAAACAUUGGUUAAAAGGAGAUGAGUUGGAGCGCAGUCUGGCUGUGUGACUUUCGCGGAGACACUCUGAAAAAGAAAAGUAUUAAAAUCAAUAAUACAUCCAAUAUUAUUGGACAGGUAAGCAGGCACUUGCGUGAGCCCGCCCUACCGCCUUCCAUGCAUCAUCAUUCAUCAGUCUCUCCCUAUAAAUACACACACUAAUGUCUCAUAACAUACAAGCCAAACUAAGAUACUCCCUUCUUCUUCUUCCAUAAAUAUAAUCAAGAUGGCUUUGUCAUCAAGAAUGCUCAUAGCUUCCAUGCUUGUCUCUUUUCUACUUCUCCAAUAUCUCACUGAAGCAGCUGAUCAUCAGUAUGAGAUGAUGGACGUCAAUGGAGCACCAAGCCCCCAGGCCCCGACAUUAGAUUGUGGAGUGGCAUGUGAAGGAAGGUGCAAACUAUCAUCGAGGCCUCGUCUCUGCAAAAGGGCAUGUGGGAGUUGUUGUGACAAGUGCAAUUGUGUUCCUCCAGGCACUUCUGGCAACUAUGAGUCAUGUCCUUGCUAUUUUAACCUCAAAACCCACAAUGACACCCGUAAAUGCCCUUAAUACGCUUGUAUGUAGUGCGUAAUGAAACUUUUGAAGUGCGAAUAAUAAUUUCCUUUCUAUUAUUCAAUUAAAAUUUCACCAAAAUAAAUAAAACGAUGUUUUGGCAUGGAGAUUGUAUUAAGAUUGCAUUGUAGCUAAUAAAGAACUUUUUUUUUA